CAAAAUACUUCGUGCUAAGAUGAAUGCCUUGGUUCUUGACGGAGCAUUAGGGACACAACUAGAGUCGAUUAUUCCACCAGACUCGCCUCUUCAAAUCAAACUGAACCCACUUUGGCUGACCCAAGUUUUGCUUAAAGAACCCCAGCUAAUCCAACAGAUUCACGAAAAAUAUGUCAAUAGUGGGGCUGACAUUAUUACAACUUCGACUUAUCAAGCGUCGAGGGAUACGUUGAAGAAGUAUUGUAACUUUGGAGAUUUGCAAGUGUACGAUAUUUGGGAUAAAUCCAUUGAGUUGGCAUACCAAGCUGGCAGACUGACAUCCAGAAACGUAUUUGUUGGAGGAUCUAUUGGUCCUUAUGGAGGAUUUCUUGCUAAUGGAUCAGAGUAUACUGGUGAGUAUAAAAGUGCAAUUUCUAGAACUAUAAGGGACUACCAUUUACCAAUGAUUUACUACUUCAAUAGACAUAAGAAGGUUGAUUUGAUAAUGCUAGAAACCAUUCCAAGUUUUGAAGAGGUUAAAGUAAUCAUAUCGAUUUUAAAACACUUGAAUAAUUUGAAAUAUUUCAGUAUAAGUUUGAGUAUGAAGUCAACUACUGAGUUGGCGGAUGGAACUCCUAUACAAGAAGUCGUCAAGUAUUUAGAUAAACAGUUGGACCAAUCGCUGAAAUUGCGUGAAAAAUUGGUGUCGGUUGGCUGCAAUUGUGUUGAUUUUCAAUUAGUGGAAGGGAUAUUCGAACAGUUUAACAAACUGUCCUAUGAAUUACCAUUAAUUACCUACCCCAAUUUAGGAUUUGGUGACUAUUACUUUCUUGGUACAGAUUAUAGCCAUUUAAGUAAUACUGAAAAAUGGGCACAAUUAGUUAAAAAAUGGCUUACAUUUAAAAAUAUUAGGAUAGUAGGAGGAUGUUGCAGUACAGGGCCCACAGAAAUAGGAAUAAUUAGGAAUUUAAUAAAUAAAUAA